AUGCUAAACAUAUCAUCCCGACCUUCAAUGGGUGGGCCACCAUCAGCAAGAAAACGCAUAAACUGGAGAAAGUUCCAAACCGAACUAACUCCCCAAAUUAAAAACAUUCGCAUCACCACCAUCGAAGACAUCAACAAAAACAUCGACCAACUCACCAAAACCAUCCAAUCUGAGAUCAAAAACUGUUCCUACGAAUCGCGAACACAAGACCAACCAAAAUCACUACCUGAUGACAUACUGCUUGAGAUUGAUACCAAGCGUUUACUACUGAAAAACUGGCAACGUACGCGCGACCCUCGGGUGAAAACGCUAUACAACGCACAGGUUUCCCAUGUCAAAGAUAUCCUCACUCGCCACAGACAAUCGGAAUGGAACUCUUUUACUGCCACUCUCAAUUUUAAAAACAAAUCCAUAUACAAAUUGAACCGACGACUCCUCCACAAACAACCAGCAUGUCAACCUCUCAAAGCACCUGAUGGGACAAAAAUCUACGACACUAACUUAAAGGCAGCACUUUUCGCAGACACAAUGUCAGCCCAGUUCCAAAACAACCCGGGCCCACCAUCACCUGAAGUCACCAACUCAAUCCAAAGAUUACGGGACCUUGUAAAUCCCCCAUCGGAAGAAUAUGUUACGCCGAAAGAAGUAUCUGGCAUAAUAAAAGGACUCCCUUCAGCAAAAGCACCAGGCGAGGAUGGCAUUACCAACAAGGCAUUGAAACACCUUCCAAAAAUUGCAAUUAUCCUCCUAGCGAACAUUUACACGUCAUGCCUCAGACUCUCUUACUUCCCUGACCAGUGGAAAAAGGCUCAAAUUGUCAUGAUCCCAAAACCCAUGAAGAAUCACCAAAUGCCAGACAAUCAUAGGCCUAUAUCACUCCUCAACACCAUGUCUAAAAUAUUUGAAAGAAUAAUUCUACGUAAGCUUAACAUCCACGUAAAAACUAGAUGUGAACAACACGCUUUCCGUACUGGCCACUCUAUGAUCACACAGCUUAUCACAUUGACCGACGACCUGAACCAAAGAUCUCAGAAGGGGGAAAAAACUGUAGCCGUCUUCCUAGACGUGGCGAAAGCUUUUGACCGCGUGUGGCACGAAGGACUCAUCCACAAGUUAACACUCUCAAACGUUCCUCACUCACUUAUAGUACUCAUUGAAUCCUUUCUUAAAGGCCGUACUUUCAAAAUCAAAAUAUCUGAUCACCUAUCUACAUCUCGUAACAUAGAAGCGGGUGUCCCUCAGGGGUCAUGUCUAUCACCGCUCUUAUACUCAGUCUACAUAAACGAUUUCCCGACCAUAGGACCAGUCACACUGGCCCUCUUUGCGGACGAUACCCUUCUCUACACGAGCAACCAUAACUACAAAUAUGCAGUAUACAAGCUUCAAAGACAACUGGACAUCACGAACGACUGGCUCACAAAAUGGAGAAUCCAAUUAAACGUAUCCAAAACGGUAGCAGUGAUAUUUGGGCCUCGAUCCCAAAAACAAACCAUGAAGUUAAAAUUACAAAACCAACAUCUCGAAUGGAGCAAUCACGCAAAAUAUCUUGGAGUCACCUUCAACCACGAUCUAAGCUUUGACAAGCAUAUCAAAAAUACCAUCCGAAAGGCUCGCGGUGCCUGGGCUGCACUACAUCCGAUCCUAAACCGAAACAGCACUGUUCCACUGGCUAACAAACUGACAAUAUACAAAAUAUACCUUAAGCCCAUUAUUUUAUAUGCAGCUCCCGUUUGGAGAAACAGAAUUCGCCAAUCAUCUUGGAAACAGAUUGAGAUCUUCCAGUCCGUAGCACUACGUACCAUGACCGGCGCCCACUACCUGGUCUCAAAUCUAAACUUACGGAACUCAAUGUCCAUCGAAACCCUCCAAGACGAAGCACUCCACCUAUCAAAAAACCUUGCUCAUACACUUUCAAGGAGCAAAUAUCCACACUUAUCAUGUCUAGUCCCAUGA